AUGUUGAACGAAAGUCUUACAAACCCAUUCUUUGGUAAAAGUAAGUGCAACAUUGUCAGAGCUGUAAACAUUCUUUUCGAGAAAGGUUUGUUGGAACCAAUUCCAGAUGACAAGCUGACAGAAACUUUUGUACCAAAAGACGAAACAAACUUUUCAUUGUUAGCAAGACCAAAAGUUGUUCCAGACAAAGUUCUAGUACAAAAGAAGUACACAGUUCCACAAGGGGUUGGUAUGUUCGGAUACCAACCUGAACCAGAAGAACUUCCAAUGAGGUUGCAAGAACUUCAAGAUGCUAUAAACAAACUUCCAUUGAGACAUCCAAUUGACGUCAAAUUGUAUUGGAGAGCAUCUGAGUUAGGUCAGAAGGUUUUAUAUGAAACAGGUUGCUUCGACGAUGUUUAUGAGAUAACAGGAGAAGUUUCUCAGAAGAUAAGAGACUCACUUGAAUUUCCACAAACUGGACCAAUUGGUUGCGACAAGUUCGACUCAGAUGAAAAGAUAUACUAUGUCGACCUUAACGCUGCAUACAUGAGGUUUGUCCAAUAUAUUCCGACUGGAAUUCCAAACGAAGAUGGUGAGUUCCCGGGAAGGAACUAUACAGUUGGAAAAGUCAUACAACAACUGUAUGAUAUUAGGAAAGCUUCAAACCCCAAACUUGCAAUGACACUCAAAUUGCUUAUGAAUUCGACAUGGGGAUAUUCCAUUAAGAAACCUCAAGAGAUGAAGAGUAAACAUUAUGAGAAGGUCGACAACUUUGUUGAAAGGUUUUCUCCUUUUGUUUUGAAGUACGAAUUCACUCAAGGUCAAAGUGGCUUAGUAACCACAUUAAAACCUAUUGUCGAACAUUGGUCUUACCCUCAGUUCGCAAAGGCAGUCCUUGACAACUACAAUGAGUUCUUCUCGGAAGUCAAAUCGAAAGUCAAGGUUUACUAUGAGAACAUUGACGCACUCAUGACGAACGAAGAAGGCUAUAACAAACUCAUUGAAAUGGGUUUAGUCGGUGAGAAGAUGGGUCAAUUCAAAUUGGACAAAAUUUUCACCGAAGUUCAUGUCCUCUCCAAGCGUAAGUACUGGGGUGUUAAAGAAGAUGGUGAAAUAGUUAAACAUUGCAUGAAAUAA